UCAUCCAUUCCAAUUUCCCAUGCAGAGAGAACAGGAUGGUCUGUUGGAGAAGAAGAAGUUCAUCUUCCCCACCUCUCCAUAGCCUCCUGUCUCUCUCUCACUUCCCAUUAAUCAUCCUCCUCUUCGGAGCAACCGGCAUCAAAUCGCAAAAUCAAUUCCCCCUGUUUCGUGAAGCAUCAGCUUUCAGAAAUGGCGAAUCUUGUGGAAUACCCAACAGUAAAUCCCACGUCCACGUGGCAAUGACCCUUGACGCCAAUUACAUACGAGGAACAAUGGCUGCCGUUUUCUCAAUCCUCCAACAUUCAACAUGUCCAGAAAACGUAGUAUUCCAUUUCCUCUGGUUAAGUGUCGACCCAGAAAUAUGGUCAAGUAUACGUUCAACGUUCCCUUAUCUAUCAUUCAGAUUGUACAAAUUCGAAUCGAAUUGGGUUCAAGGAAAGAUAUCGAAAUCGAUUCGAGAAGCUCUCGAUCAACCGUUAAAUUACGCAAGAAUUUACCUCGCCGACAUUCUUCCCCGUCACGUCAACCGCGUGAUCUACCUAGAUUCAGAUCUGGUCGUGAUCGACGACAUUAACAAGCUUUGGGAAGUUGAUUUGGAAGAUAAAGUAGUCGGCGCACCCGAAUAUUGUCAUGCGAAUUUCACGAACUACUUCACCGAUGCUUUUUGGUCGGACCCUUUAUUUGCGUCGGCGUUUGAAGGCCGGCGGGCUUGUUAUUUCAACACCGGCGUGAUGGUUAUGGACGUGGAGAAAUGGCGGCUGGGGAAGUAUACAGAAAAAGUAGAGAAAUGGAUGGAGGUUCAGAAAAAGAUUAGGAUUUAUCAGUUGGGUUCUUUGCCGCCGUUUUUGUUGGUUUUGGCUGGAAAUAUUAAAGCGAUUGAUCAUCGUUGGAAUCAACAUGGAUUAGGUGGGGAUAAUAUUGAAGGGAGAUGUCGGAAAUUACAUUCUGGUUCUAUUAGUCUUCUUCAUUGGAGUGGAAAAGGGAAACCUUGGCUUCGAUUGGAUUCACGAAUGCCGUGUUCUGUCGAUCAUCUUUGGGCUCCUUAUGAUCUCGCAAUCUCGUCCAAUCAAUAUUCAUUUCUUGAAUAGAAUCAAGAAUGAUGAUAGUGGAAUAUUUGUUGGGAUUGGAAUUUAUAUA